CGCUUUAUUUACCAUUUCCAAUUUUUACACAGUUUUGCGCUGUAAAAUGGCCGCAGCGGCAGGGAAAAUUAAAAUCCUGAGCAGCGGGAAGUACGCGCAGAUCUGUCAGUUUGUCAAUGGAUUCCAUGGACUGCCCAUGGACUGUGAAUUCGAAAUGAGGGACACAUACUUUCCGAAUGUGGACCCGAUGGCCCUGAUGUGCAUUUUGCAGUCGGAAUUGUCCAACAAGUCGCGCACCCAGCACUUUCGGCACGAACAGCGGGCAAAGAAGCUACUAAAGACAUAUGAGAAGCAAGCGCCUCUGUAUAGCGACAUAAUUAUACGCAUGGCCUGUGCCGAGGGCACCAAUCCCGUGGCCCUGUGUCGCAUCCUGCUGCAGGAGAAAUACGAUCUGAGACAGAGGCUGCAGGUCUCCCACCUGCUCAGGAAUCCGCAUUUGAUCAGCGAUCCCCGUCUGGCGGCCAAUGUGCAGCAGUGCAUGUUCAGCGAUAACCAAGAGGGUCCCAUCACAGACCUACGUCGUCGCAUAGUGGGCGAGGAGUACGAGCUGAAGCUGAAGGAUCUGUCGAAGCAGGCCGGCAUACACUUCUACGACGAGCAAGAUCUGCGCCGCAUGGGCUACGACAAGACGCCCGACAUCAAAAUGAUAUUGCCCUUCCUCUACAAGGGCGGCGUUGUCAAUUGGAUCGAGAGCAAGGCCAAUUUCGGUGACACCAAGAGCCACAAGCGGAACAUACACCUACAGCUGCAGAGUUAUUGCAAUCGCUUCGGUCCUGGCAUCAUCAUUUAUUGGUUCGGCUACCAGGAGGAGACUCCCUCGCUUCCAGACAAUAAUAUAGGCAUCACCGUCCUGACGGACUUUCCAGCCAAAGAGGAUUUAGUCUUAAUGCAGCCAACGGAAGGGCAAACCACAGCCCCAAGUCCAGCUGCUGUGGAAGCAGCUCUUGCGCAGUCCACGACAAUCGCGAAAGCUGCUCCAAACCCUUCGUGAGGGGGUUGGGUUCAUAUGCAGGUAUAUUCUCAUUUAUUGCGUGUCCUGUCCGUCAACAUGUUUUUGUUAAAUGUUUCAAAGUUUUUCCAACGUUUGGAAAUUGCUUUUAAGUAGGGAAAACAAGACAAGACGCGAAUGCCAUUGCAUUUAAUUAUUAACUAUAAGACUCAACACAUGACAAGUACUCAUAUUUUUUGUAAACAAUUUUUUGUAUUUUCUUUUUAUUUAAAUUCUCAUUUACACUCGAUUAACUCGAAAUUUGUUAUGGUACAAAAAACAUUUUGUUGUUUGUUUCUCCUCGUUUCUGGCAUUGUUCGAUUUGUAUAAACGUAAUUACCCAAAAAAAUGGUGGCAGAGCAGAGCAGAUUAAUAAUUAAUUAAUUAUUGUUCUUAGAAAAAUACAGGGGUGGGGGGGGGGGCUGGGGGUAAGGUUAGAAAUUAAUAAUAAAAAA